AUGGCCUCCACCACCAACUUCCCGCCAGACACGGUGCCCCAGGCGCCUGAGGAUCCCCUCUUUGGCCUUGCCCGCGCCUACAAGGCUGACCCCAGCCCGAACAAAGUCGAUCUGGGAAUUGGUGCCUACCGAGACAACAAUGCGAAGCCCUGGGUUCUGCCUGUGGUAAAAAAGGCUGAUGACAUUCUCCGAAACAACCCCGAGUUGAACCACGAAUAUGCCCCGAUCGCCGGUAUCGAGAGCUUCACCAGCAAGGCCGCGGAGCUCAUGCUCGGCGCCGAUUCGCCUGCCCUCGCGGACCGCCGCGUGACAUCUGUGCAAACCAUCUCGGGCACCGGUGCCGUUCACCUGGGCGCCCUGUUCCUCGCCAAGUUCUACAAGGGCAACCGCACCGUCUAUGUGUCAAAUCCCACAUGGGCAAACCACCACCAGAUCUUCAACAAUGUCGGCAUCACCGUCGCCCAGUAUCCCUACUUCAGCAAGGAAACCCGCGGACUGGACUUUGAGGGAAUGACGGCGGCCAUUUCAGCGGCCCCCGAACGCUCCAUCAUCCUGCUCCACCCCUGCGCGCACAACCCUACCGGCGUCGACCCAACACCCGAUCAGUGGAAGCAGUUGGCCGUCAUCAUCCGCGAGAAGAAGCACUUUCCCUUCUUCGACUGCGCCUACCAGGGCUUUGCCUCUGGCGACCUUGCACGAGAUGCCAGCGCCGUGCGCUACUUUGUCGAGCAGGGCUUCGAGCUCGUAGUUGCUCAGAGCUUCGCCAAGAACUUUGGUCUUUACGGAGAGCGAGCUGGCUGCUUCCACUUCGUGGGCGCUCCCGCCGCCGACGCCGCCGAGACUGUCACCAGAGUCGCAUCUCAGCUCGCCAUCCUGCAGCGAUCAGAAAUCUCCAACCCUCCCCUGUACGGCGCAAGGAUAGCCAGCACCGUGCUCAACGACCCCCAACUCUUCGCGGAGUGGGAGGAGAACCUCAGGACCAUGUCGGGCCGCAUCAUUGAUAUGCGCAAAGCUCUCCGAUCCAAGCUUGAGGAGCUCGAGACGCCAGGCACCUGGAACCACAUCACAGAUCAGAUUGGCAUGUUCAGCUUUACCGGUCUGACAGAACCCCAGGUGAUGAAGCUCCGCGAGGAGUAUCACAUCUACAUGACCAAGAAUGGGCGAAUCAGCAUGGCUGGGCUGAAUACCCACAACAUUGAUCAUGUGGCUCAGGCUAUUCGAAAAGUGGUUGGCGAGACGCAGUAA